CUUCAUCUGUAACAAAGCUUUCAUACAGAGAGGCUAAACUAUCUUCCCCUUUUCUCUGAGGAAAAUCUGCUUCCUGCACAUGGAAGAAAACUGCUAGUCACCACAACUGGAAAUAUCAAAUACUAGUCAGUCAUAUACUAACCUGAGUGCGAUCAUGGCCCUAGUCCGGCUGUUCUACUCCCUCGCUAUGCUGCUCAAAUUGGCUCUGUCUGUGGACCAUGUACCUAUGCUGCUCUGGUCAACUCACAGCUCACUGUGGAACUCUGAAGCUACUUUACAUGAGGGACACAUUAUCUCAAAGCAGGAGCUGCAUAUGCUACUGCAACCUGUGUUUACCCAGGAUUCCAAGAACCUUGUCUUGUUCCUUCAAGAUACGCUUAGCAUCGAUGACUUCACGCAUUACAGUGAAUCUUAUGAAAAUGAGAAGCCAUUUCACAAUGUCCAGGAACUCCUUGAGUCUUCAUCAUCCUCUUUUGUUUUAUCGGCUGUUGACUGUCAGGCUACCAGUUACCUUUUGGAUUAUCUUCAAGAAUCAAUGGAUUGGAAGCUAACAGACGUAGAUGAGUUUGAGGUAUCUAAGCUGGAAGUAGACACAUCCAAGCCCAACAUAUUUGUGAUAAGGCUACAGCCAAUCAGCAGAUUAAAUGAUAUUUCUACUGCAAAGGCUUUCGCUGCAAAUGACAAAAUAAUUGGAAGACUGACUAUGAGUCUACAAGAACAAGGAAUUCAGUUUUCAGUAAUUUAUACUGCAAUGAGACCUUCAAGGAUUCCCAGAAGACCCAAUGUAGUGUUGGAAUCAAGACGGCGACUCAUGGCCACUGAAGCGCAAGUGACAGAUGCAUACUAUCCACUGAAUGUGACCAAUGGAACCAGCACAUGCAUCCUUUUUUAUGCCAGUAAUUUCAGCCUCACAGCCAACAAAUCAGUUCAUGCAGAUUUGACAAAUUUAACAUUUGUGUCCCGUAAGGUGGACUUCAGUUCAUCUCUUUGUUCAGACGCCAAUGCAACGUUGUCAUUGAACUAUACUGGGUUAGUGGAUGGAAUCAACAACCUAAAAAUAAGAUUUCUAAUGACCCAGAAGUUCUAUACAGGCUCUGCUCGAAAAUGGUUUACUUUAGAUUCUGUCGAGAUUGCACAUGACAACCAAAUGGUCGCUAGAUUUAAUGUCUCUAUCAUCUCUGCUCCUGCGGAGUAUUCAUUUCAUUGUCAGCUGGUGGGAACCAGCAGUCUCUAUGGUGCAAAGCUGAUUCCAGCCAACACUGAAGCAAAGAACUGGGAUGUUUACCUUUCUGAGUUCCAAAUUCAAGGCUUCAAUAUUCAUAAUAACUUGUUUUCCUACGCAAGUGACUGUACAUCUUUCUUCUCUCCUGGAAUCUGGAUGGGCUUGGUCACGUCAAUAGUUUUAUUAUGGAUCCUGACCUAUGGAAUCCACAUGAUCAUGCAGCUCACAACAAACAGUAGAUUUGACGAUCCCAAAGGCCAAGCUCUGUCAAUUCCUCAAACAGAGUAGCAAUGGAUUGUUUUGAUAUUGCUUAAAUGUUUCUUAUUAGUAAGAUUAAGUUUUUGUCACGGUUAUUUUUAGUAAAAGUCAGGGACAGGUCACAGGCAAUAAAUAAACAUUCACAGAAGCACACAAUCUGUCUGUGACUUUUACCAAAAAUAAGGGGCGGGGACUGACUGCCGGGGGGAUGGACAGCCCGAGCCCACCAUCAGAGGAGGAGGGGGGCUGAAGCUGAAGAAGUCACAGAGGUUUGUUAAAAUCAUGGAAUCCGUGACCUCCAUGACUAAUUUAUAUCCUUACCUAUUAGUGAUGUGUGAUUUUUAUGUUCUUUACGCUUUAUAGUGCAUGUACUCUAAGCAGUUAGUGUAAUAGAAAGGUUUAGUAAAACUCCACAAAUCUGGACAAUGAAAUCCUUCCUGAAAAAGGGAACCUUACUCUCGGCAACACUGAUGAUUCUGCCAGCUGUUACCCAUUUGUUCAUAGUUGUCUGAGUUAGUCUACGCUGCCAUUAAAAAGCCACUGGCACCGAGUCUCAGAGCCCAGGUCAGCUGACUCAGGCUUGUGGGGCUCAGGCUGGGGGGCUAAAAGUUGCAGUGUAGAUGAUUGGGUAGAUGAUCGGGCUUGGGCAGGAUCCCAGGCUUUGAGGUUCCGCACGGUGGGAGGGUCUCAGCCCAAGCCCCAGUGUCUACACUGCAGUUUUAUAGCCUUGUAGCCCAAGACCUGUGAGCUCGAGUCAGCUAACCCAGGCCAGCCAUGGGUCUUUUAUCCCACCGUACACGUACCCUUAGAGGCCUAAGGUGAAGCCAAUGGCAGUCUAGACUCUAACCAGCCAUUAGAAAGAACAGUAAGAACUUCCAGCAGAUUCAUUAUUCUUGGGGGGAGGAGGAGGAGGAGGGGGUGCUUAUUUUUUUAAAAAAGACAUUCCCCUGGUAUUUUGGAGAUAAACUUCAAAAACAAAAUGUUUAUUUAGAAAUUGUCUAUUGAAACUUCUCAAGUCUCCCUUAAAGUUUUUUCCCCUAAGUAUAAAGAAUAUCACAAAAAAGAUAUUAAUUACACAAGAGGCAAAAAGGUAAAGUUUUUUAUGACAAUUGACAUAUGUAUUUUAUUUUGGCAGUGUGAGUAACAGCUGGGAAAGUAGUAGAGAUACAUAAAUGAAGUGGAAGCAUGUUUUGAAAAGGUUUACCUUUUAAAAAAAAGACAACAUUAUUCAGACUACCCUUCAGAAAUGGCAGGAGCUUUGCAAAAAUGCAGCUUCUAAAUUAUUGCUAGACACUAAAGUUAAAUGGGAAUGAAAUAUUUAAAAAUGAAUAUUGGAAACAGAGAUUAAAAUAAUGUAAUCCUGUCAUGACAAAAAGCAUAUUUUGGAUAUAUUUGAAGAAAAAAAUUACCCUAGGGUUUAUAAAAGCCAAGGAGAGUUUGGUGCCUGACUCCCAUUUCAAUUUUAAUGGGAUUUUACUGCUAACUCCCUUAAACACCUUUGAAAAUUCCAGCCUUAAAAGAGAUCUGAAAAGGAUUUGUUGAAAAUUGAAAACCUGUUUGUAGGGUUCCAAAAGGGGAAUCUUUCUUGCUGUUGUUCAGAAAUAUAUUAAGCCAUUUAUUGUAGAAAAAUACAAAUGAUGUGGAAAAAAAUCGAUCCAUGCGUUGUGUUUUCAAUCAGAUCAGCCUGAGGCCCUUUUAUUGAUUACCAGCGCACAGGGGAGAACCGUUAUGGAAACGGCCUCCCCGAAGCUAGUUACAGACAACCUUAUAAAGCUUAAAACUACAAUCUUAAUAUGCAAGUUACAUUCAUCAUUUUCUUAAUAACUGGUUACAAAACAUUGCAAGGCUAAAACUGAUUGGAGCAAGAGUAAAUUGAUUCCAUAUUAGGCUUUUCCUGUUAUUGCUUAUCUAUUUUAUGUGGUUACAUAUUGACAGCAAGGGAUAUGACAAAGUUGUUUUGUUCAGUCUGGGAUUGUCAGGUACUUUCCACUGCUUCCUCGAUGCCCCUCCCCACUACCUCUUUUUUCUAGUCUGGCCGGCUCUGGCCGCUUGACAUGAGGUCUGGGUCUACAUGGCCUUGGAUAACACUGGAUUUUCCCUCACACAAAUGUGUGUAUCUCUGAGGAUUCCUAGAUACUCUCUUUGGUUUCAGAAACAGAUCUCUUUGGAAAACCUUCAGUGUGUAUUGAAAAAUUGUGGGAUCAUUACAUACAUCGGCAUUACCAAAUCCAGUCAGCACCUGGUUGAAGGUGCAACAUAAUCACUCUAGAUCAAUUGUGUCUUGUUAGCAGACUUCUCCUGAGAACACCAGAUGAGUAUACACUAAAUAAAUAGUAGACUAAGGCCAUGUCUACACUGCACUUCUGUCAUUAAAACUUUCGUAGCUCAGGGGUGUGAAAAAACCUCCCCUGCAUGACAUAUGUUUUAAUGACAAAAAGUGCUGGUGUGGACAGCACAUUUUCGGUGGGAGAUGCUCUCCUGGUGAUGGAUCUACCAUCCCUUAUUCGGGGUGGUUUUGUCCUGUCACCAGGAGGGUUCUCUCCCAGCAACAAAGAGUGGCUACAUUGCGCAUCUUACAACGGCGUGGCUGCAACAUCACAGCCUUUGUAAGGUGCACAAUGUAGACAUAACCUAAAUCAAGUGACCUUGGAAAAUUUUUCAAAAUCUAAUGUUAUGCAGUGUUGUAUCACAGUGAAAAGUGAUGGUCUAGGGCUAGUCUUUACUAGCAAAUUAGGUCAUGUUAGAAUGCCAGCCUUGAAGAUCUGUGUGAAUUAACGCAAUGUUAAACACAACCUUGCAGUCAGGGUAGACAGUACCAGUUAUGUUUAGCAUUGACUCAGCUGGCUGCAAGUAAGUUCCUUAACAUUCUCCCUUUUGAGCUAUCAAGUUGUAGCAUUGCAGUGACUAUGAAAAGGAGAUAAUGUAAGGUUGUUAUGCUAAUGCUGUAGCUUGUCUACAUGAGGAGGCUCUUGUGAAGUAAGCUGGGGUAUGGUUUUAAAGCCCAAGAGCUAUUCCACACUAGUUCCCUCUGUUGAUGCUCUUAAACCAAAUUGAGUGCCUUUUUGUGAAUUCACUUAAAACACUUCCAAAAUGUGUGUUCAGAAUCCUGAACACAUUAAGACUGAGCUGAAUCCUUGUACAAUUAAUAAAGAUAUUGUGCCUUCUCUCCAGGUGUGAUAAAUGAAGGGGGUGGGUGUUAACUCCCUUUUAUGGACCCAGCCAGCCAGUUAGCUAUAAAAUUCCUCUUAGUAGC